AUGCAAUUUGAUGAAAAUGGAAAAGCUGUUAAACAAUACAUUGGAGAAGGUGAAAAUGGUCCAAUUAAUUCAUACCGUCAUAAUCCAUAUUCUUAUUUCAAUGAAGAAUUAAAUGCUAUUGAAGAGGGACCGGAUGGAUUACCACGAUAUUCUAACCAGUUUGAUGGUCAAUAUGCAAAUAUUAGACCUGAAAUUUCAGCUAAGAAAUUCUUUAAAGUUGCUUUAUUCGAUCCAGUUUUCGCAAAUGUUAAAGAUGAACUUAAACAGCAAUUUCAACCAAUUAUAGUAGCAAGAAUUGCAUCAGGUGCUUUAUCUCAAGCAUUCAAAGAUUUAAUUAAGAAACCAUUAUAUCAGCAACGAGGUUUAACUUAUGAUUUAGUUAAGGAAUCAGAUAAAAGAAAAUUUGAGAAAUCAGUUGAUUAUAAGAAUGCAAUUAAUGAAUAUAUUCGGUCUAUUAAUUUCGAUGAAACAGCUAAAAAUCAACUUCAUGAACAAAUACAGGGAAUAAUAGAUUCAAAAGUUCCAGCAAAAUAA